CAUAUAAACAUCGUUAACGAUUUUAUGCUACUACUCAUAUUGGAAUGUACACAUAUAGGAAUUUACACAUUGUGUGAUAAAAUGAAGUGUAUUUAACAAUGACGUCAUUAAUAAAAAGACCUUUCGUUGGAACGCCAUCAUAUUUCGUAUAAUACGUUCUCUUUAUGCACAUUUUACUCCAGAAAAGGAAUAUCUCAUAAAAACCACCAACAUUCGCCAGUGUAAACUUGAAUACAUCCUCUUCAUAGAAGCUAACUAAUAAAUCUCAAUAAAAUGAGCAAAGCAAAUGGAACAACGCCUCCGCAAUAUACUUACGUUCCUCCGCCAUCGGCGCCACCAUCUUAUCAGGAAGCUGUUGGUGGGGUUAAACCGGUUGGACCAUUUACCCCAAUCGCCGCACCUACUGUUCCAUCAUCCAACAAUGCAAUUGUAACCACGGUUGUGCCUAUCGCUCGAACCGCUACACAUAUGAUAUGUCCUUCUUGUCAUGUCGAAAUCGAAACUACUACGCGAACGGAACCUGGCAUGAUCGCCUACUUGUCAGGAUUUAUAAUAGCUCUAUUAGGUUGCUGGCUUGGUUGUUGCCUUAUACCAUGUUGUAUAGAUGAUUGUAUGGAUGUACACCACACCUGUCCAAAUUGCAAAGCUUAUCUCGGACGUUAUCGGCGGUAAACUAAAAUUCACUUUAUUCUAAAAUGUGAAAUAUCCCAAGUGGUAUUUAUAAGAUUUUGUAGGAUGAAAACUCUUUUAUUAAUAACGAAAUUAUAAUGAAUAUUUGCAACAAUGUAAUCAACAUUAAUUAACAAAAAACGUCGCCAACAAUAAGCCUAAUCUUAAAAAAAUCUUACAUUAGUUUUGGUUUUACGAGUACAAACAUAUACGUACAUAUGAAAGAAACAAACAAUUGGAUGUAUAUUUCAAAUUUUUUUUUUAACUUUAUAAUGUUGUAAAGAUCAUAUAAAACUAUAUCGAAUAUAUGCGAAUGCUCAAAAUA